GGCUCGCGAACUUUGAUAACAUCGAUCAAGAACAAGCAUCUUCAACAAAGCACUAGUUUCGUUCUUGAAUCUGAAUUGCUUGCAUUAGUGCUUAAGAGCUUCACAGUAUACUGCAAAUUAUAAUGGCAGCAUCAGCUUCCAUGCAAUCGCUUCUAGCUAGCUCGGUAGUUUAUGGAGCUGGAAAGAGCAGAUCGGUGAGAGUCAGCCACCUUGUUCCUGCUAAUAAGUACCGCCACAUGGUUGUCCGCUCCAUGGCCGAGAAUGGUCAGGAGGAGCAACCUUCUUCUACAAUACCAGAGGCAUCCAAAAUCCCACCACCGCCUCCUACACCUACUCCUUUUCCUCCUCGUCCAAAGAAGGUCAGCACUAAGUUCUCAAGCGUGUUUGCAUUCAGUGGGCCAGCCCCGGAGAGAAUCAACGGCAGACUUGCAAUGGUGGGGUUUGUUUCAGCUUUGGCAGUGGAGCUAUCCAAGGGCCAGGAUGUGUUUUCUCAGAUCUCCGACGGCGGAGUUUCGUUGUUCCUUGGAACUAGUAUUUUGCUCUCAGUCGCAUCCGUGAUUCCUCUUUUCAAAGGAGUCAGCGUGGAGUCCAAAUCAAAUGGGAUCAUGACGUCAGAUGCCGAGCUCUGGAACGGAAGGUUGGCCAUGUUAGGUUUGGUUGCUUUGGCCUUCACUGAGUAUGUGAAGGGAGGGACUCUUGUUUGAUUAGGUCUUGUAAAAGUAUCUCCAGUGUAAUUGGAAAGAAGCUUAGGAGUUGUUUGGUAUUCGAUUUGAAAAUUAUCUCUAGUUUUUAAAACAAUGAAUGUAACUAGGACUCAUUAGUUUUUAAAAA